CACCCGGAGCCCCAGCAGCUGCCCCGCAGCCCCGAGCUCGAGUGCCCUUUCUGCGGGGAGGCGGCGGGGCGCCAGCUGGAGGCGCACGUCAGGGCGCGGCACGGGCAGUUGCUCGGCGCAGACACGGAGAAUGUUGAACAGCUAUAUGAAUGUCCAAUAUGUGGUCUUACCUGUACAGACAUUCAGAUUCUCGAGGAACAUGUGGAUUUACACUUAGAGGAACACAGCUUUCCAGAAGGUGGAGGCAGUGGAGAUUUAGAACUGGCUCAGCGGCUUCAAACUGAAGAAGAUAAACAGCAGAGACUUGAAGAAGAGAAGCGAGAGAAGGAAGAAUUUAAAAAGCUACAGAGACAGUAUGGCUUGGAUGGUUCUGGAGGCUACAAGAAGCAAUUCCUGAAUAAUAUGGAAAGAGAAGUUAAUAGAGGAAGGAUGCAGCCCUUUGAGUAUCACAAGAGAAAAGCUGACAUGAUGGAAUGUUUGGCUUUUGGUAUAGAUGAUGGGAAAACAAAAACCUCAGGAAUCACUGAGGCAUUGUGCAAAUACUACCAGAAUGAAAACAAAGAUGUGAGGCAUGUUUGGCUUUCAGCAGGAGUAGAUCACUUCCAAUCAUCUUUGGGUGACAAAGGCUGGGGUUGUGGUUACAGGAAUUUCCAAAUGCUCCUUUCCUCACUCUUGCAAAACAGCUUGUAUAAUGACUGCUUGAGAGAUACUGCACUAAUUCCUAGCAUACCGAAGAUUCAAUCCAUGAUUGAAGAUGCUUGGAAAGAAGGCUUUGAUCCUCAUGGAGCAUCUCACUUCAACAACCGAUUAUGUGGUUCCAAGGCAUGGAUAGGAGCAUGUGAAAUUUAUUCACUGUUAACCAGUCUCAGGAUAAAGUGCCAAAUUAUUGACUUUCACAAACCAACUGGUCCCACAGGUACACACCCUCGUUUGUUUGAGUGGAUUUUACAUUACUAUUCUACAGAUAAUGAAAGUACUGCAAAGGUAGUGUGCACUUCCAAGCCACCUAUCUACUUGCAACAUCAAGGUCAUAGCCGUACUGUUGUAGGCAUAGAAGAAAAGAAGAAUAAAGCCUUAUGUUUACUACUAUUUGAUCCUGGAUGUCCUUCUCAAGAAAUGCAGAAACUGUUAAAACUGAACAGUGAUGGCACUAGUCUCAAACUACUUCGAAAGUUUAUGGGUGGCUUAAAAGAAAAGCAAUACCAGAUAGUUGCUGUAGAUGGCAUCCUCACAUUGGAAGAGAAAACUGCUCGCUGUCUGGCUUCUCAGGUCUUAACAUCAGAGAAGAUUCCUUAAAGGACGUCUUAUCUACCUCUUUCUGAAAUCUGCUGAAUACAAAACACUGAACUAGUCAUAUUGGACUGUGACUAGCUUAACAAUUUUUACACCUAAGUUAUGUCUAGAAGCUUGGAGAAGCACAACAUCAGACUUAAGCCUAUAAUUUUAAUCUUCAGUCAAAGCACUUCCCUCCAGGCGAAGUGUAACUCUUCAGUAUUAGCUGCUUAGGCUAGCAGAAAAUUGGGUAUUUUCUUAGUUGCUUAAAUUAUAAAGUAACAUCCACUGCCCUGUAGCAAGCUAUGCACUGUAGUUAAUUAUCAAUAAGCACUGGGUAAAAAUACUGUGAAACACUUUUUUUUUUUUUUUUUGGAGUGCCUGGUCAACUUUAUCUCUGUAAGUACAUUUAUACUUGCUCUAUGGCUAAUGUUCCAUCCCAUGUAAAAUUUAAUUAAAGAGUAUCUUUUGUAUCUCA